CACCGAGCCGAGCGCCUCAGCUCCGCUCCCCCCGAAAUCUUGCCUCCCCGCUAUAAAAUCUCCUUCGCCGGCCGCUUGCGCCGGGGGAGCUUUCCACUUCACGGCUGGUGACCCUACUAGAGAAACCGACCCGGUCCGGGCUCGUGGGCGACGCGAGAUCGUCCAUCAAAAAGGCCGGAUCACACUGAUCACAAGCCUCAAAACUUUUCCAAACCAAGUUAGCUGCGGAGUGGGUGCUCUAAAGCUAACGCUCUCUGCAGUCUGGACUCUGGUUCGCGGUGGCCGCAGCUGCAGCGUCCCCUCCCUUUUUUUGCCACCGAGCAUCACCUGUGCCGCCGGCGCGUAACUGCACCGCGGUCACCGCUUAAGAGGCAGAGGAGGAGGAGGACGGCAGCGGCGUUGGGGGGUCUAGUCUCGUCGUGCGGGUGGCCAUGGGCGUGCACGCCAAGUCGAUGAGCUGGUACAUGAGCCCGCCGGGGUCGCCGCCGGCGCCGGGGAGCGCCGCCACCGAGGCGCAGCACGCGCUGAGCAGCAGCCCCGGGGGCAGCAGCGACGCCAGCUUCGACACCAACAUGGUCAUCAUCCUGGCCGCGCUGCUGUUCGCGCUCCUCUUCGCGCUGGGCCUCAACUCGCUCGCGCGCUGCCUCAUCCGCUGGGCGCGCCGCGCGUCGGAGGGGGAGGACGGCGGCGCCGGCGCCGGCGCGGGCGGGCUCAAGAAGCGCGCGCUCCGGAGCAUCCCCGUCGAGGUGUACGGCGCGUGCGGCGCCGACGGAGCCGCCGUCGACGCCGACGUCUGCGCCAUCUGCCUCGGCGAGUUCGCGGACGGCGAGAAGGUGCGCGUGCUGCCGCGCUGCGCCCACGGCUACCACGUCCGCUGCGUCGACACCUGGCUCCUGUCGCACGACUCCUGCCCCACGUGCCGGGGCUCCGUGCUCGACGGCGCGAAGGCCGCCGCCGCCGCCGCUCCCGCUCCCGCCGCAGGGGGCAGCCGGCGGCAGGGCAGCGAGGCUGCUGCCAUCGCCGUUGUCAUCGGAUGACGUGGACGGGAGGGAGGCGGGCCCCGUGUGCGCGCCCACUGGUGGUGGAGCCACACGGCAGGUAUGCGAGAGCUUCGUUCCGUGGUCCGUGAGAUAUUUUGCUGUGAGAGGCCGACGAGUGGGGCCAGCACUCUUUGUAGGUCACAGUCUAGUCAAAGAUUGCAGCAUGUCCUUCACGAUAUUAUCCCUUGGGUCUGUACUUUAGCUUGGCUUGCUCGUACACGUCGCAGCAGCUGGCUGUUUGUGUAUACUGGGAGUCGAUGACGGCGACGGGGUACGCCUCUAUAGGCAGUUAGGCUUGCAAUAAUACAGUUUAGUUUGUACAUGUUCGAUUUGGCACAGUUUUGGAGCACCGAGCAGAGCACGGAGGUUUGCAGGUCACUAGAUUUUGGAAA